AUGCAGCUGGACCCGCAAGAAUUGUUCCGCUGCCGGAUGAAAAGGGCGUACCGUCAGCGUCCGAAUCAGCCAGGCGGACAAUCAAGCAAUCGGAAAAUCCGCUUCCAGGUGGCUCACGCCAUCAUCGAUAGCCGGCUCGUAUACGGACUCGAAAUUACCAGCAUUGCCAUCAACAGGUUAAUUCAAGUCCUCAGUCCCGUAUACAGUUCAUAUGUUCGACUGAUCUCCGGACUGCUACCCUCAACUCCGGCAGAGUCUUCCUGCGUAGAGGCUGGUCUGCUACCGUUCCAGAUAUUUAUCCUCGCAGCUCUUUGCAUCAAGAGUGCGACCUUCUCCAGCAAGAACACGAGUGAUGACAGAGUCUUUCUUCUCAUCGAGGGGAACAGAGCUCUAAACACAGUAGCCAACAUGGAUCUCCCUCCGGUUGCAAAGCUCCACUGGCUUGGAGACAGGAGUUGGCAUUCCGUACCGCCGAAAAUUGACAAUCGGAUAAAAAACAGUUUCUCUGCCGGCUGUAACUCUGCUGCUCUACGAAGGUCGGUCGCUGAACUUUUGCGUGUCUCCUACCCGAACUUUGCUCACCGGUUUUCUGAUGGAUCGCUCUCCCAUCUUGGAGUCGGGAUAGGUGUAUCAGGGGACAUCCCGCCGGUCAGCAUGAGUCUUCCCCCACAGUGCUCAGUUUUCUCUGCUGAAGCAGCAGCAGCCUUCAUCGCUGCUACCACGCCAUCUGACCGCCCGAUACUGGUUCUGACCGAUUCUGCGAGCGUCAUAUCGGCGCUUCAAUCUGAUACACCGACACACCCCUGGAUCCAGGGUAUACUUAUGAACGCUCCAGCUGAUACCGUGUUCACGUGGAUCCCUGGACACUGCGGUGUUCCGGGAAAUGAAAAAGCUGAUCGUCUCGCUGGCUCCGGUCACACCCGUGAACGACACACUGACAGAAUCCCGCUCAUGGAUCUUAAACGAUGGAUCAAAUCCAGCUGCCGUCAGUACUGGGGUAACCUAUGGAGCCAAUCAAGAACUGCUUUCCUGCGGAAAAUAAAAGACACGGUUGAACCAUGGACUGAUUUGUCAGUGCUCAAAGACCAGAGAGUAAUCUCUCGAUUGCGAACCGGGCACACACUUCUAUCACACAACAUGGGAGGUGGUCCGUUCCGCAAGGAGUGUGAAGUGUGCCACAUCCCAGCCACAGUAGAACAUGUCCUUUGCGUGUGUCCCAUCUACGAGGGCCAACGUCGACUCCACAACAUCGCUGGUAAUAUUGGAGAAGUCCUACGGGACGAUCCGGAUACCAUCAAAACACUGUUCAAGUUUCUCCACGAUUGUAACCUGUAUGAAUUAAUUUAA